AUGUCUCUUUCCUGCUCCGCUCCUUCCACCGGCGGAAGUCUUCUGGAACCGAGUGUGAGCGGAGCUGCGCGGGGGAACCGGACCAAGGCAGUGGGCCGAACAGCAGGGACCAUGGCUGCGCAUGCGCCCCACAUCCCCUCUGAUAAGCGCUUUAUCAUCUUCUUUGACUUUGACGAGACCAUCGUGGAUGAGACCAGCGAUGACCAGGUGGUGCAGACGGUCCCUGGACAGUAUCUCCCGGACUGGCUCAAGGACACGUACCAGCCGGGCCGGUACAACGAGUACAUGCAGCGUGUGUUUGGGUACCUGGCGGAGCAGGGUGUGACCGAGAGCGACAUCCGCGCCGUGAUGGAGAAGAUCCCCGCCACCCCGGGCAUGCUGACGCUCUUCCAGUUCCUACGCACACGGCCGCAAACGGACUUUGAGGUGGUGCUCUUGUCCGACGCAAACUCCUUCUUCAUCGAGUCGUGGCUGCGGCGCACAGGGUCACGCAACCUCUUCCACCGCAUCUUCACCAACCCCGCCACCUUCAAUAAGGACGGCCGGCUGAUGCUGCGGCCCUUCCACUCACACGACUGCCUGCGCUGCCCCGUCAACAUGUGCAAGCAGGUGGUGCUGCGCGACUACAUCACGCGCAGGACGCAGGAGCGCGGCCGCCCUUAUCAGAGGGUCUUCUACGUGGGGGACGGGGCCAACGACUUCUGUCCCGCGGCAGCUCUGGGUCCGAGAGAUAUCGUCUUCGCGCGCAGAGACUUCCCCAUGCACCGGCUCAUCAGCGAGACACACGAGGCCAGGCCCGGCGAGUUCAAGGCCGUCACUGUGCCCUGGACCACCGCGGAUGAGGUGGUGCAGCAGGCGCUGUGGAGCUCAGAGCUGCAGAUCACCGCAGACGGAUGUGACCUGAAGAGGAAAAACCCGGAAGUAGCUCUCGCGCGCAUGGCGGCGGUACUUGUUUCAGCUCGUUUGAAGAUGGAGGCAGAUCUAUAUGACGAGUUUGGAAACUACAUUGGUCCAGAGCUGGAUUCUGAUGACGACGAUGAUGACUUGGAUGCAGAGGACAGAGAUAUGGAUGAGAGGGACGAUGAGGAAGAAGACGAGCCUGCGGACGCUGAUGACGAUGUCCCUGGGAUGGAGGUGGUUUUACACGAGGACAAGAAGUACUACCCCACAGCAGAGGAGGUGUACGGCCCCGAGGUCGAGACGAUCGUACAAGAGGAGGACACGCAGCCGCUCACAGAGCCCAUCAUUAAACCCGUAAAACACCGGAAGUUCACACUGAUGGAGCAGGAGUUACCAGCCACAGUUUAUGAUAUGGAAUUUCUUGCUGAUCUUAUGGACAGCCCAGAGCUCAUCCGUAACAUUACUUUAUGUGGACACCUUCAUCACGGCAAGACAUGCUUUGUGGAUUGCCUUAUUGAGCAAACGCAUCCAGAAAUCAGGAAGAGAGACGAUUUGGAUCUCCGGUACACAGACAUCCUCUUCACCGAACAAGAGAGAGGAGUCGGUAUCAAAAGUACCCCAGUCACAAUGGUGUUGCCAGACUCCAGGGGGAAAUCCUACCUUUUCAACAUCAUGGACACUCCGGGACACGUCAACUUCUCCGACGAAGUCACAUCCAGUAUCCGGCUUUCAGAUGGAGUCGUCCUUUUCAUCGAUGCUGCAGAAGGAGUGAUGCUGAACACUGAGCGCCUCAUCAAACAUGCAGUGCAGGAGCGAAUGGCCAUCACCAUCUGCAUCAACAAAGUGGACCGGCUCAUUCUGGAGCUAAAACUGCCCCCCACAGACGCCUACUAUAAACUCAGGCACAUCGUGGACGAAGUCAAUGGAAUGCUUAGCACAUAUUCCACUGAUGAGAACGUGGUGGUGUCUCCUCUUCUGGGAAACGUGUGUUUUGCCAGUUCUCAGUACAGCAUCUGCUUCACCCUCGGCUCCUUUGCAAAGAUCUACUCCGACACUUAUGGUGACAUUAACUACAACGAUUUUGCGCAGAGACUUUGGGGAGAUAUUUAUUUCAACCCUAAGACCCGCAAGUUCACGAAGAAAGCUCCAACCAGUAACUCUCAGCGCAGCUUUGUAGAGUUUGUUCUGGAGCCUCUGUACAAAAUACUGUCCCAGGUGGUUGGAGAUGUGGACACUUCUCUCCCUCGUGUUUUGGAUGAACUGGGGAUCCAUCUGAGCAAAGAAGAGCUCAAGUUGAACAUAAAGCCUUUACUGCGGCUUGUCUGUAACCGCUUCUUUGGAGAGUUCACAGGCCUGGUGGACAUGUGUGUGCAGCACGUCCCCUCACCACAAGAUGGCGCCAAGACCAAGAUAGAGCACUCGUACACGGGAGGGUUGGACUCAGACCUGGGGGAGACCAUGGCAGAGUGUGACCCAGACGGCCCGUUGAUGUGCCACACCACAAAGAUGUACAGCACCGAGGAUGGGGUCCAGUUCCAUGCGUUCGGUCGAGUCCUGAGCGGGACCAUGCAGGCGGGACAACCAGUCAAAGUGCUGGGGGAGAACUACACUCUGGACGACGAGGAGGACUCCCAGGUCUGCACCGUGGGACGCCUCUGGAUCUCUGUCGCCAGAUAUCAGAUCGAGGUGAACCGGGUUCCUGCUGGAAACUGGGUGCUCAUCGAAGGGUGUGACCAGUCCAUCGUGAAGACCUCCACCAUCACAGAGCCCAGGGGCAACGAAGACGCCCAAAUCUUCAGGCCGCUCAAGUUCAACACGGCGUCGGUCAUAAAGAUCGCAGUAGAGCCCGUUAAUCCGUCUGAACUUCCCAAAAUGCUGGACGGCCUGAGGAAAGUCAACAAGAGCUACCCAUCGCUCACCACCAAAGUGGAGGAGUCUGGGGAGCACGUGAUCUUGGGGACAGGAGAACUUUAUCUGGACUGUGUGAUGCACGACCUCCGGAAGAUGUACUCGGAGAUUGACAUCAAAGUGGCUGAUCCAGUCGUGACGUUCUGUGAGACCGUAGUGGAAACCUCCUCUCUCAAGUGCUUUGCUGAAACGCCAAACAAGAAGAAUAAGAUCACGAUGAUUGCAGAACCUCUGGAGAAGGGUCUGGCUGAAGACAUCGAGAACGAAGUGGUGCAGAUCACAUGGAACAGGAAGAAGUUGGGGGAGUUCUUCCAGACCAAGUACGACUGGGAUCUGCUGGCUGCCAGGUCCAUCUGGGCUUUUGGACCAGACACCACAGGGCCCAACAUCCUGGUGGACGACACGCUGCCCUCCGAGGUGGACAAGGCGCUGCUGGGCUCGGUCAAAGACAGCAUCGUGCAGGGUUUCCAGUGGGGCACGAGGGAAGGACCUCUGUGUGACGAGCCCAUCAGAAAUGUCAAGUUUAAGAUCCUGGAUGCUGUCAUCGCGCAGGAGCCGCUGCACAGAGGCGGAGGCCAGGUCAUCCCCACGGCCAGGAGAGUGGUGUACUCAGCCUUCCUCAUGGCCACUCCGAGGCUCAUGGAGCCAUAUUACUUUGUGGAGGUGCAGGCUCCGGCUGAUUGUGUGUCGGCUGUGUACACGGUGCUGGCUCGAAGGAGAGGACACGUGACCCAGGACGCCCCCAUCCCCGGAUCCCCGCUCUACACCAUCAAAGCCUUCAUCCCAGCCAUCGACUCGUUCGGGUUUGAGACGGAUCUGCGCACGCACACUCAGGGACAGGCCUUUGCGCUCUCGGUCUUCCACCACUGGCAGAUCGUUCCCGGUGAUCCGCUGGAUAAGAGCAUCGUGAUCCGGCCUCUGGAGCCACAGCCUGCGCCGCAUUUGGCCCGAGAGUUUAUGAUCAAGACGAGAAGACGCAAGGGCUUGAGCGAGGACGUCAGCAUCAGCAAGUUCUUCGACGACCCUAUGUUGUUGGAGUUGGCCAAACAGGACGUGGUGCUCAACUAUCCCAUGUGA